AUGUUCAUGAGGGCUUUUGAAACAGCGAUAUGCAGGCUUCGUACAGCAAAUCCUGUAUCUGCAUCUUCUUACCGAUGUUUAUUCAUGGUUAGCCAUCAUUUGAAUGAUAUGGGUAGAGAAGUAGCCACGCAAUCAGGGAAAAUAGCACUUAUCGGAGCCGCAGUGCGCAAUUUUUCAACAAAAGAUAAUGUGAACGGUGAUACUAUAAGAAAAGACAUUAAAAUUGAAUCUAAUGGUACUUUACGCGGAAUUCAUUACAAUGAAAUGUGCAAACCAUCGCAACCCGGGUCAAGGUUUACACCGCAUCCCUUUAACAGAAGAUUUGCGUUAAGCAAAAGACCCUUGUUCCCUAUAGAACCAAGAAACUUGCGUAUUCUUGGCUUAUUGAGACACAAAAAACGUGGAAGGGGAAAGAAGAGUUCUGCCAAAGGAACUCGACAUAAACAUCAGAAGAAUCGUGGGAAUAAACCCAGGAGCAGAACUUCUGAAGGUGGACAAACUCCGCUAUAUAGGCGAUUACCUAAAUGGCCAGAAGCUUGGCUAUCAAGACAAGAAAAGAAGUAUGACACAUUAAACUUGGCAAAGCUGCGCUAUUUCAUUGAAAAGGGUAGAUUAGAUACUCGAUUUACGAUUACCCAGAGACAUCUUCAUGAUUCCAAAUGUGUAAGAGUGAAGAACGGAGUACACUUGUUUAAUGUCAACGAUUAUCCUUUUCCAUAUAAAAUUGAUAUACAAGUGGCAAGUUGUGAUCAAUCGUCCAUAAAUGCCAUCAAGCGUGUCGGUGGAACUAUUUCAAUCAUUUAUUACGAUAGAGUAAAUCUAAGAGCACACCUCAAACCUUACAAGUUUGAGGUAUUGCCGCGAACAGCUCGGCCUGACAUAGCAAAGGUACAUGAACUCGAGAAGCUGCGUUCUAGAGGGUGUGAAGUCUACUACAUCAAACCUCUAUGGCUUAUAAAAGAAGAGAAGAGGAUUUUGACAGAAAUGCAAGAACUCGAGGCUGAAAUACUCAGAUCGGGCGCAGUGGAAACUCCAGUGGAUGAUUCUAAAAAUCACGAAGAAUACCUCAUACAAUUGUAUCGUCAAAGACUUAUGGAGCAUAACAAUCCAAAAGGCAAAGAUGUGGAAUCCGCGUAG